GCCACAUCACAGCGUCUUAUCACUCUAACUUCACUAUCGACCAAAGCAGACCGAUAAAAACUUCCCGAAGAGUAAUGGCGACUUGGACCAAGUUAGGCGUUAGUUGGCGGAGUACAGUAAGACGUCUCUGGUCUCUCAGAAAUACAGGGUGUGGUCGAGCUGUUGGAGCGGGUCUUGUGGCCUCUGUUGUAGCAAGCGGAUUUAUUCACUAUAAAAAUGAACCGCGAUGGAUACUCUGGCCACACGUCGUGUACGCGGAGGACUCGAAGAAAGAGAUCAUCACAGUACCAACAGUAUCAAUGAGACGCCUGAGGUUUAACCAGUUUGCCUCCAUAAUCUAUGAAGAGGAGCCAUACAUGACACCCAGAGACUUCCUCCAUUCAGUCAUGAUGGAGAAGGUAGACCAAAAACUACAUAAAAAGAUGCUGACUAAAGCAGAUGUGGACAAUAUGAUAAGGGUGGCUUCCAGGGCUGAGGCAGGAAACAACAUGUUCAGAGGAAUCGGAGACAGAGGGCUGAUCUCUUACACAGAGUACCUGUUUCUUCUCACUAUUCUCACAAAACCUCAAACGGGAUUUCAUAUUGCUUUCAAAAUGCUUGAUAUUGAUGGCAAUGAGCAUGUGGACAAGAAGGAAUUUCAGAAGCUGAAGAAAGUAAUUCGACCGAGGAAAGAGCUCCUAAGGCAGGAUGGGGCAGAGCUUUCAGACAAUGUUGAUGAGGUCAACACUACACUACAGGUGUUCUUUUUUGGAAAAAAUGGCAAGGAAAAACUCCAAUACAAAGAUUUCUGCAGGUUUAUGGAAGACCUGCAGGCAGAAGUGCAAGAAGUUGAGUUUCUGCGGUUCUCUAAAGGGAUGAAGACUAUGAGGCAGGAGGACUUUGCUGAAUGGCUGCUUCACUACACCAAUGAAGAGAACAAUGAGGCAUACUGGGACAACAUGAAAAAGAGGAUCCCUACUGGACAGAGCAUCACCUUUGAUGAAUUUAAAGCAUUCUGUCUCUUUACCAACAACCUGGAGGACUUUGCCUUCUCAGUCAAAAUGAUUAAUGAUGCCAGCAGGCCAAUAGGAAUGGCUGAGUUUAAGCGAGCAGUGAAGAUAGCGACAGGCCACAACCUUUCAGAGAAUGUUUUGGACACAGUUUUUAAGAUCUUUGACCUGGACGGGGACAACUGCCUGAGCCAUAAAGAGUUCCUCGCUGUGAUGAAAGACAGAGUACUUCGUGGACUCCGGGUUCAGCCCCAGCAUGGUGUUUUUGGUUACUGGAAAUGUGUGAAAAGAGAGACACUGCAAGGAGCUCAAGAGGCUCUCCGUGAAACCGGCAGCCCAGUCUGACACAGGAAGAGGUUUGAGUGUGUGGCUGGUCAGUUGUGGUAAUACCUUUACAAUGGUUACAUAGUCCAAAGAAAAUACUGCUUUUGAAGUUAUGUUGCUGUUGGCCCAAAACAUAAAAAAGAAACAAUAUUAAUAUAAAAAUUGGUGAUUUCAUGUUAUGAUGAGCUUUAUUGGAAAUCUGUGAUAUGUUUUUCUUUGAAUUUGUGAAAUGGCCUGUGAACACUCCAAAAACAUUACACUGUCAGUUUAUGAUUUUUCUUGUGUGGAUAACUGUUUAAUAGGAAACACAUUGUUAAUUAUAUAUAUAGACUUAGUUUACUUGUGGUGUGAUGUGGUGGCUUUUACUUGUCAGGAUUCUGGACUGUCUAUGUUGUGUUUUGCCCCUGUUUCUGUUCUAGUGUACCCUUACCUGGUCUUGUUCCUGUCCUCGUUUAGUUUAAUUAGUCAUCCCAUACACCUGUGUUUUUCCUAUUUUCUUUAGCCCCAGUGUGUGCAGUCUGUGUUUGUCGGUUCUAAAUGUCACUGUGCUACGUGCAACUCCUGGAUAUCCUGUGGAUUAUUAAAGAUUGUUAUGUGUGAAA